UUGAUUGCAGUGAUGAUGUUAGCGUAUUGUACUGCAAUUGCCUUGGUGUUGGGUCUAAGUGAUGCCCUCCCGGAUAUCCCGCAAGAAGAAUGGGUCCUCAAUUUCGACUCGCCCGUGUAUGUGUGUUCCGACGCCGCUAGCCAGGAGUUCGUCGAUACUUCAGGGGUAGAGGUGCAGAGGCACAACGAAACGUUCGCUUACAUGACUGGCACCUUCAAGUUCUUGAAGGGAAUCGAACCUUGCACUGUGGUGGAACUAAUAGUAGAAAGGGACAAAAACGGCCGAGUUGAGCCGAUGAUGACGCACGACAUUUGCGACCUGUGCGCCGAGAUAGGAGCCGAGAGCGGGUACUACAAGUACCUCAAGCACUUCGGGAUUCCUGACACUUGCCCCUUCAGUGCUGUAAGUUUUAUAAAAUAG